AUGAGCCUCCCAAACGUGAUCCAUCCAGGAGCCAUACCAGCCGGCUUUCCCACGGCGUCUCUGCCUCCCUCUCUCUCCAAGAAGCUCCGCCUCCUCUCCCGACCACCCCAAGAGCCGACGUCCAUGUUUAGAUGGAAUAAUGUGUGUCUGUUUCUUUCGCGCACCACUCUCUCCCCCCAUCGAUCCCUGCCACAGGAGGGUUUAGAGAGAAAAAGAGGGGAGAUUGGCAAAAGAAAGAGAAAGAAUUGAAGUGUGAGUGGAGAAGAAGCUCGAAGACGCCGUUGGUGUCGGCUGUUGCGUUUGGGCUCCGCUUGGACCAUUUCAUGGGUCAGCAGCACUCGGGAUUCGUCGUCGAGAUCGCCAGUCCUCGAUUGGGACGCUUUCAAGUCGGUUUUUUCCUUUUAUUGCAUUUUUUCGAGUUUUUUUUUUGUUUUUUCGAAUACUUGAUUGGUUGUGAAAUAGCAGACUUUGUAUGUAAAUGAUUUUCGCUCUUUUGGAGAACUGAAAAUUUUGAGGAGAAUGUAAAAUGGCACUCCAUUUUUAUUUUGAAAUUCUUGAGGUUUUUUUUUCCACUCAGGAAACUUCUGUGAGAAUGAGUAGAAUCAAGCAAGUUUUUUAUGUGAAACUUUUUUUUGAUUUUUGUCUCAUUGAAUUAAAUUUUUCGUUUAUUUUCUUGAAACUUCCGAGUUUCCUGAAAAUCUGAGACCCAGCUUUAUAUUGACGGGCUUCGAAGCGUUGUAAUUUUCCUAUGAUUAUUGAUUUUCAUUUUUUAAUUUUCCUUUUGGAAUGCGCUUUUAACAAAAAAGUUCUCAUGAAGUACCUUUUUUGACUACCCAAAUAUUAAGAUUCUAGAGGUUUUUUUUUCCUUCGAAAAUCAAAAACCUAAAAAAAAACCAUUCUUUUUUUCCGAAAUGCUAAUAAAUUUUCGAGGAUGAACAUUUUUUUGAAUCCCAGAACAGUUGAAGUCUAAUCCCUACCCUUUUUUCACUAAAAAACUCAUGUUCGUUGCUCAUCAUUUUUCUCUUCUGCUGACCACGGAGACUAGUCGCGGAGCCUCUUCCCACGGAAUAAUUCAUGAAGAACACGUCCAGCUCUAAGCCAACGCUAAUCCCUUUUCUUUUUUGCCGGCUUCGAAGUUUGUUACAAGCUGAAAAAUUUCAAGAGAGAGAGAGAGAAAAACAAUUUACAACGUGUAAAAGGAACCAAAAAAUGAUGAUAGAAUAAAAAUUUGGAAAAAAAGUUUUUUGGCUAAUUAUCUUAAGACAUGCGCGUCAGAGUAUUUUGGGUCUCAAUUUUUGAUUUUAAAUCAUCAAAACAAUUCUCAAACUUUUACUGAGUUCUAAACUUGAAGAAGAUCUCCACUUCAAAACCAGAAUUGAAAUACAGAUGAAGUAAUUUUUUUACUAUUUUUUUCUUGAAAAUUUCAAAAUCAACCCGAAGGACUGCUUUUACUACUUGUGAACAAAUAUGGCACAAAAAUCUGCUCUCUACUGCUAAAUUUUCUGAUUUUUGUUCUUUUGUUGGUGCAUUGUCACAGAAAAAAGCUGGAAGCAGUAAAAAAAAGUUUCGAAUCUUUUUUUUGCGAUUUACGGCCGUUUUUCCUGCUUUUUUUCUGUAAUUUUUUUCUGGGGGAUAUUUUAGAGCUCGAAUAACUUAGGAAAGUUUCACAUUGAGGCAAUUUAUGUGUGUGUAAGGCUCCGUUGUCGACGCCGUUUUUGAUGGAUUACUCGGUUGGGCCCAUCAAUUACGCACAUUGCAAAACACAAGUGAAAAGGGCGCUUUUAAUAUUUAAUAUGAUGGUUUGGCGUGACUAUUUUUGCAAGAAUGAUGAUGUAAAAGGAAAAAAAAUUGUUUUUUGACGUAUUAGAUAGAAGGAAGUGGUUGAAAAGAGUUGCAGGAAUUUUGAAAAGUGUCAAAAAGCUUUUGAAAUAAACAAAUUAAGGAAGUUUUCACGAAAAACAGUCACAGCAGGUUUCUCAAAAAGUGUUUAUAUUCUCACUAAACAGAUUUCAAAACCCUUAAGUGAUCGCUUCCACGCAAAUAUUUGAAAAAUCUCGUACCGAUUUUUAAGGUAAUGUUUUUUUCGAUUUUUGGAAUACACUCUCGAAAUUUAUUUCAAGCUUAAAUUUUUGAAUUGCGGCAUAAAAAUCUCUAUAAAAGUUUUUUUGAAUAUACUUUUCAAAAAAAAUAUUAUUUCAUUUUUCCCAACCAGAAUCGCCUUCAAUUAAAGGGACUCUAAUUUCGCAAUAAAAUAACCCUCAAGAGGUCACUUAUUCAAGUGCUUUCUGACGCUUUCCUGAGUGUAACACUUUUGCCCCCUGAAAACUGAUCCGAUUCCACUUUUGCUUGAAAUUGUAUAUCCGAACGGAGAAGUCUUGCCUUGGAACGAGCUUGAGGAGAAGAGAAAGAGAAAAAAAAAGCCAAGUUGUUUGGGAGCGAAUCUUCCCUGGCAGAAAACCGAAUCAGGGUGUGAAGGCAAGCGCGAAAUCCAGUACUUUUAUUAUGGUUCUUCCAAAAAGUGUUGAAUCGAAGAUUCAGAAUUUUCAGAUGUGGUAGUAGGACUGAAAAUAUUGACCCUGAAAAAUGAUUUUUUUCAAAAACAUUUUCUCCUGGCAUUUUUCCAUGAUAUAUAUGGUAAAAUCGUGAAUUUUUUUGUGAGCGAGAGAGUGUAAUUGUUGAAGAGACGCAGAUUUCCCUUUCUCUGACCUCUCUCCAACUUUUUAUACUAUUUCUCGCUUCCGGUAGAUAAAUUUCAUAGGAACUGAGAUUUUUUUUUUCAUAUUUUGGUAAAAAUCAUGGAACUUUGCGAGUGGGAGAGCGUUAGAAAUUGAAGAGACGCAGAUCCUUUUUUUCUCUGGAACCUCUCCAGUUCCUACAGUUUCUCGCUUCAUUUUCUUGGCUUCACAAAGAAAGCUUCAAGGUCCGUAAAACUUCAGGAACUGAGAGAAAAAAAAAUAUUAAUGGAAUAUUUUGAAUCCUUUUCAGCUUCACUGCAACUAUUCGUCUCUCAAAACUAAAAAAAAUGAGAAAUACCUUCCAACCAUUAUUUUUCGGAAUUAAAACAAGAAUAGGAUUUGAAAAGUACCUUUGAACAUUUCAUUCGAACCUCAUCCAAUCCAAUUCCAAUCCGCAGAACCAACAACUCAAUUUCGGGUCCUCUUCUCUUCUCAUUUUAAAGGGCCAUUUAAUUUCCUUUUCCUCCUAUCUCGACUCUUUUCAAUUUCCAAUUGUUGCCCCAUUUCUCUCCUCGAAAAAAAAACCCCCCAACCAAAAAGGACAAUUUACGAGUGACGUCAUCAAACAAGGAAAAGCUUUUUCUUCACAGCCGACAACGGCGCAAAAUGCAUUUGAACUUUUUUUUGGAGCUGAAGGCAAUUUUCCCGAAGAAAAAAUGGCUGGGAAUCAAAUCAAAUAGAGACUUUUGAUUUCUUGGUUUUUGAUGUUUCAGAGGACCGAUUCAUGAGAAGGUGGACAAAGAAAAUGACAAUAGAAAAGAAUUUUGAAAUUUUCAUGGAAAAAGAGCGUGGAAGUUUUGAGUUCUGCAGUGUAUUGUGUACCUCUGGUGAGGUUGAGAACGAUAAAAUACGUUUAUUUAUAAUUAUUUUUUUUCGUAAACCUGUUUUUGAGAACAUCCAUACUUUUCCAGGCCCUGCCCCAAAAAGAUCCGGACGAAAGUACCCCCAGAAUGGCGAAUAACUGUGAAUCCAGCGGCCGAGCUGAUCGGUUCGCCGAGGUUAAAAGCUCUUAUCGAUCGACUAUAUCACCAUCAGAAGCUCUUAACUGAACAUGAUGCUAAACAGGUUAUUCUUGAUUGCUUUUCGAGGUUCCAAAUGAAAUAAUUAGAUUUGAAGUUAAUUCUGAAAUUUUUUUCUACUCCAUUUUCAUCAUUUCUGUUCCUAUUAUUAAUUGGUUCGAACAUUGUAUAGUUUCUUUGAUUCUGAUGUUCUGAAAGACUGGAAAAGUCACUAAAUUUGAGUUCUUUUUUUUUCAUUUUUUGGUGUUAUUAUGAAGGACAAAGUUUACGUUAUAAUAAAUUUUGAUUAUUAAAAAAAAUAAUUUGUUCUAAUAAGUUCCAAGAUUUUCUCAAACCAGGUUCACUACAGAGCAAAAACUGACACAAAAAAAAAUUGAAUACUUGACUUAUUUUUUUUCUGCUCUAAAAAUAUGUUUAAUUUACAAGAUUUUAGCUCAAUCUGUUGUUGGAAAUAACAUCCUAAAAUCAAAAAUUGUCAAACCGCUAAUAAAUUCAAGACUAUCAUGCUUGAUGACACCCUGAAUCAGUGAUUGUAUGCUUUUGAAAAAGGUUAACUUUCAGAUUCUGUCAGCUCUGCAAUGCAUGGAUCCGACCGCAGAGCUACUUUUGCCGUUGUUAACAGUUCUUUCCAACGCCACGGCUUAUCCGGCUAAUCAGGUAGGAUUUUUUUUUUUCAAAUUCAGCGAUUCUUCACUUGGAAAAAUGUUCACGUUUCGAAUUGUUUCCAUUUUUCGAGAAUCUUUUCUGUCGGAUCAUGGAAUGAUCGAUGGUUAAAAAAAUUUUUUUUGAAGUUUUUUUUUCAUUUUCAAAUCUUUAUUCGCCGUUUCGGAGUCUGUACAAAAAGAACGAAUAAACAAUAAAAAAAUCAAUUAAAUCUGACAGCUGCGUCUGAAAAGAUCUGAAAUGGCUAAAAAAAGAGACUUUUCUUAAUGAAGGGCCUUAGCCCUUUUUUUAAAUUUAGAUUGAACCUUUUUUUCGUAUUUCUAAUCGUGUUAUCAUGUCGAUUUGAAUUUUUCAUGAAGACGAUUUUUUUCAAAUUCAUUUAUCAAAAAAAUAUCAGGCCUUGAUGAGAGAACUGCGGCUAACGGACCGUGCCGUGGAGAUGUUGGCCGACUCGAGACAUUGGCCGAGGGCAACCCGUGUCAUCUUACUCCAGUGUAUCGCUAACAUGGCGGUUUCCAGCGAUAAUCAGGUUAGUUUAUAUUUUCGCCAGGUAUGCGCCUUUAAAAUAACUUUUUUAGAUUCAGAAAACGAUGCGCGAGGCUCUGCCGCAGGUCGUCCAACGGUUGAACUCCCCCGAUGAGAUGGAGGUCGUCGUGGCUCUUCAGGCCUUGACCAACCUGUCGAUUAAUAUUUCCAAGGAUCAGGUUUAGUUCAUUUUGACUUUUCUGUAUUUUAUCUGGUCGAUUUUCAAGUUUUCCUUUAUUAAAUGAAUUCAUUCCCAGGUACUGGGAAAACUUUUAGUGGCCACUAUAGAGGCUCCCCAAGAACUACAUGAAGAGGACUUUGUGGCCACUAGAACCACCUCUAUAGUGGCUACUAUUUUGUUCAUUAGUGACAACUGCAAUACUCUAUAGUGGCCACUAAUUUGACUACUAUAGUGGCCACUAAAACUUCAAAACCCUUUAGAGGCCACUAAAAAUUUUCCCAGUAAGAUUAGAACACUAAAUCGAAAUUCCUCACCAUGAAAAAACGGUCUUUAAAUCAUCAAAGAACGAAAAGUGCGUCUAAAUUCGCGUUUCCUGCAGAAAAUCAAACCGUCAUUGUUUUGAAAAUUAGAAAAAAAACGGACAACAAAAUUUUUCCGGCUGGAAUGAUUGAACGCGUUGCGGUUGCGCUGCGGCCCGAGUUGCAGUUGCUUCAGAUACAAAAAAUGCCCUACUUUUAUAGAAUUUUUUGUGGACGUAAAUCUUCCUGACACUUUCUGUAGUUGUUCAAGAGGAUUUUGAAGAUGAUCGCUUCUAUUUUAGUUUUUCGAAAAAUUCAGUCGCUUAUUUUUUUUGAAAGGUCAAAAUUUCUCAAAUUGUUUUCUUACACGGGAAGUGCAAAAGGUCGAGGUAUUGAAAUUUGAUGAGACUUGGUAUAUAGGUACUUUAGGACAUCCUGAAUCCAAAGAAGUUGAAAAAAAAAGUGCGCCUUUUUGGUUCUGGUCGAGUUAUGGCGCCUCAAAGUUUGCACGCAAAAAAUGCAUGGGAAGGGAGAAGGGAAUGUGUUGCGGCGGCGAACUCUAGCUGCCAGCAGGCAGCGUGGUGUAGUGGCUAGCGGCCUAGCGCUAUGGAACCUAUGCAGGUUCGAAUUCUUUUUGGUGCAAUUUUUUUUGCUAUUUUUUUUUCUGCGAAAAAAUAAGGAAUUUUUGAAGAUGGAAUAAAAAUAAGCGCUCAAAACUUUAAAAUUCACUAAUUUACUUCGUUUUGAGAAAAAUUCUGGACAAAGUUUUUUUUCGCCUUUCUCGUUCAAGCUCAAUGGGCUUCAAUAGAUAGUAAAAAUUUUUUCUCAAAAGUUCAUCGGAGAAAAGAGAAGAAAAAAAAAAUUGAAUCUAAUUUUUAACUUUUUAUUUAUUUGAGUUUUUCAAGGAAGGGGUCUCCUGACAUAGUCGUCAAUUGGAACCGUUUAAUUGAACGUCCAUACAAUCUUUUUUCUACAGAUGACCUGGUUUCAAACAUGCUCAACAGUCGACCGUUUAACUACUUCAUCUUUGGAUGAACUUAAAAAUUUAAGAAAUUUAUUUUUCAAAAUCAACGUUUGAUACAAAAAAUUCCAAACGGCUCGAAGUUUAAUUAUGACGACUAUACUGACCAUAUAAAAAAAUGUGAAACAAAAAAAAUUUUGUCGAAAGUUUUGUUCAAAAAAAAUAGUGAAUUUUAAAGUUUUGAGCGCUUAUUUUUAUUCCUGCUUCAAAAAUUCCUUAUUUUUUCCAAGAAAAAAAAAUGGCAAAAAUAAAUUGCACCAAAAAGGAUUCGAACCUGCAUAGGUUCCAUAGCGCUAGGCCGCUAGCCACUACACCACGCUGCCUGCUGGCAGCUAGAGUUCGCCGCCGCAACACAUUCCCUUCUCCCUUACCAUGCAUUUUUUGCGUGCAAACUUUGAGGCGCCAUAACUCGACCAGAACCAAAAAGGCUCACUUUUUUUCAACUUCUUUGGAUUAAGGAUGUCCGAAAGAACCUAUAUACUACGUCUCAUUAAAUUCCAAUACCUCGACCUUUUGCACUUCCCGUGUUGGAUUGGAAAUUAACGGCUCUAUAUCAUACCAUCGCUUUCAAAUAUUUUUUUUUUUGGAUUUUACAUGAUUCUCUUCGGAAACCUCUCUCAUUUACAGAUCCCGCAGUUCCUGCCAGCCAUCCCGCACUGUUUGGCAAGGCUCUGGGUCCGUGGCGAGGUCAACCUCAACGCCUUGAGGCUUCUCGUCAACAUUUCCUGUUGUCCCGACCUGGUGCCCUUCAUGCUCGGAUCAAAGGUCCUUUUUUGAAAUGGAGGCUGGGAAGUCGAGAGUAUGGCCGAAAUGUGAAAGAAUAACACAAGAAGGGGAAUGAAAAAGUGGUUCUUGGGAAAAUUAGGGAGCGUUUAAUAAUUUUCAUUUUGAAAUUUCUACGAUUUUUUUUUUCGGUUCCGAGCUAUCUGUCUUGUGUAUUUGGGCCCCAAUUAAUUGAAAAAAAUUUGGAAUUUGAAAAGAAGGUUUUUUCCUGAAUUCGCAGGGAAAGAAUUUUCAAAGGACAUGAAACCCGAAAGAAAUCGCCCUAACAAGCGUAAAAAAGGCUAUGUUUUUGGAGAAUGAGAAUGUGUGAAUUAUGAAAGAUGAAAAAUAUUCGAUAAAUCACUCGAAUAGUUAAUGAAAGUAAUAUAUUCUCUUCUAUUCAGGCAGUUUCGGGUCUCCUGAGGAUCCUUGAUACGGACCGAGAAGAGGUGCUUCUGAGAGCCGUCACCUGGCUUCUCUGCACGUCUUCUGCUGUCGACGAACUUCAUCUCACUUAUGACAGAGUGGCGCAGCAUAAUCAGGUAACUCGUGAAGAAAGUUUGGUUUGAUAUCAUGUUCGAAGUGAUUCCAAAAAAUUCGAUCCGUCUUUUUGUGUGACGGCUGGGCAUUUUUGAGGUCGUGGUUUCCCACUACCAACAUUUAUGAAACCCCUUGGUUGGGUCGAACUUGUGACCCUGUGGACCGUAGACAGGCCCACAACCUGUUGAGCUACGGCGCGCCUCUUUGGAGAGUCAGAGAUAAUUUUGGGAAUUACUUUGAACACGGCAUAAGAGAAAAACUUUUGAACCAAAAUGAAAACUGUAGGUAAACCGCGUCACUUUCUGCGAAGCGCUCAAAAUUUUGUCAAUUUUUGCAAUUUUCUGUCUAAAAAUGAAAUUUAAAGAUUUCGGAUCGCGCAUCGAGUGAUGAUAAACUUUGUAUCAUUGAUAAUUUAAUCAAAGAAAAUUUUUCGCAAUAGAUCUCGUUUUCGAUUUAGGACACUUCAAAAGCCCGAAAUAGCGCUUUUUUGGCCCAAUUUGCGUAUUUUGCACACUUCGAAGCUCCAUAACUCGGAAACAAGAUCUAUUGCGAGAAAUUUUUUUCUUGUUCUGCAAUCAGGGGGUCCUAAAGUACGCUCCAGCAAAGUUUCAGCAAAAGUUCAACCAGGGGGUAAAAAACGUUCCCUGGUAAAGUUAUGGAAGGCAUUUUUCUGGAAAGCGUAGUAAAAAUCCAAAACCCUAUUUUCUAUUUCUACCGAAACCGGUAUCAUUGUUUUAUCGCGUCGAAAAUUUACAGUGAAAGUUGAAAUUUCAUCAAUAAAAUUGUUCUGGACUCAUAUUCACUGCCAAAGUGGGAAGUGCGGAAAAGGGUGCAAAAUGGUCGUUAAAAUGUUUCCGUUCUUGGGCCUUUUUUGAGCCUUUCUUUCUUGGUGGACUAAAAGCCUCAAAAAAAAAGGGUGAAGACAGCCUCGGUCAUUUGAUGAUUCCGAUUUUAUCACUGUAACACAGUUUGGUACAUACACAGUCACUCGUAAAGACUAUCCUUUAAAAAAAUUUUUUGUUUCUCAAAAGGGUGUAUGAAGGCCGAUGAAAGGACGGAAAAAGGCAGUAAAAUGGAAACCUUUUGGAACAACUAAUGGAAACCAUCGCAUCCAUAACAGAUGCUUAAAGGGUUGUUCCAACGUUUCCUAUGUUCAGUAGAACGCUGAAGUAUUACAUUUUAGACCACGAAACUUCCAAAAGUACCAUAAUUCAACAAAAUCGCUUCAGGACCCGUUCCACAACCCAGCUCACACCUUGUACUACUCCAUAUUUGGGCUGAAAAAUCGGGAAGAACUGGAAACGCAGGCGAAAUUCCUGGCCCAGCACAGCAACAAGGACAUUGCCAGCAAAUCGCUUCGCCUCGUCGACACGUUGAAAAAUGUAAAAUUCUCGAGGGGUUACUGUAUAGUACUGUAGAAAAAAUUCCAGAGUUUUUCCUUUAUAACGAAAAAAGUUCAGAUUCCUCACUUUCCAACCGCUGGCGCCCACUUGAAUCGCCUCUGA